AGCCGGUGAGGAACACACUGCACGACAGGAAGGCGAAAGGAGGGUGAAGCGGGGCGGGAAGUGCCACUCAAAAGGAGAGGAAGGUGCGAAGAAAGCACGUGGGAAGAGCCCUUGGCGGGCUCAAAGUCGUGGCGGAAGAGAUGAGUGAGCAAGGAGGAGGAGGAGGAGGAGGAGGAGGAGGAGGGAGAGUAGCAGUAGAAGACAGGAGAUGCGGGAUGCUGUCCUUCUCACCUGGCAUGGCGGAUAUCGAUGUCGUCCCAGUGGCGUGCCUUCCAUUGGUCAAGCCUCAACCUGGUUUUAUCUGUGGUACUCUUCCUGUUCCCACGGAUGGUGGAUCGUAUGCCGAUCUGGUUCGGAACAAGACUCCACCCACCACUGUUGUGCGAGACCGGGAGUCGAUCCCGCGUUGCAAGUUUCUACCGACGGAAACUGAUCUAAAUGAUGCACCUCCCAACUUAUUAGAGGGUGAGGGAAAUCCGUCACAGCUCGACCCUGAGAGAGAAGCAGAUGAUUGGAGCAAUGGAGGUUACCUCCGCCAUCCACUUGCAAGGAGCGGUGAGGCACUGGCAGUGAGCGGUCUCGCGCGAUACGGGGACGAAGUCGAUGUGAUCGCACCCGCGGAGAUCCUGAAGCAGAUUUUUAAGACUCCGUACAGCAAGGCGCGAGUCUCCGUCGCCGUCCAUCGUGUUGGAAGAACACUGAUCUUGAACAGCGGCCCGGAUGUUGGGGCGAACGAGAAGGCGGCACGACGCAAGCGGGGUCAAGCGAGUGCUGCCGAAAGGGCACUGUUCUCCAACUUCAUACACCAUUCCGUUCACACUCCCUCUGCGUCAACAACAGGUCCUCCUUCGCAGGAAUCCUCUAGCUUUCACGGCAUCAAUGGUUUUUCGGAACCGAUCCCCGAUUGCUUGGAGCGGGAGAGCUGCCACGGAAAGGCCCAGCUUGAUGGGUGUGACGACAGUGCUGUACAGCAGUCGUCACCGAAAGAGGGAAGACCGUAUGGACUGGCAGAUCCAAAUUGCGACGUUGGGACUCUACACAGUCAUGCAGAGAGAAUGGUGCAGAGAGAGAGAGGGGAGCGCCAGGGGCCGGCAAGUCAGUACGGAGAUGCAGAGGAACAAAGUGAUCAACAGUGUGAGGAGGACAUUGUUGUGAACUCCGGUCGGGAUGUGGAUCUUGCGCCUCCUGUCGUCUCCUUGAACGGGACGGAGGAGAGUGUGUUAAGGAACGUGGCGGAGGAGAGAGUGUUUGGGACGAGCGAUCUGAGCGAAAGACAGGGCCAGGAUGCAGGGUGCCAUUUUACAGUCGGUGGAGCAGAAAGCGGGCCAGUGCGGGGGUACUUGCCUCCUCAAGGGUAUGUUCGGGAGAUUGACAGAAGUGGGGGGGAUAGAGUGAUGCUCAGCGGAGGGAAAUGGCCAAGGAAAAAGAAGGGUGUCGAUAGGGGCAUGGGCCGGCGUGGGAAGAGGAAGGGCAGCCUCGGCCGUGCUCAGAUUGGUAAUGGUGGUCCCCACAUUGUUGGGGCUGUCGUCGAUGAGCGCGCAGGUUCCAAGGCUGAGGAGUGUGGAGGGGAAGAAGAAGAAGGGGAUAAUGACAAAGGGGAGGAGGAAACAGGUGCUGAAGGAGGCAGGGGUAGAGAAAGGGAGGACCCGCGCCUGGAAGGUUUCUCCAGGGUGUUGUUUUGGCAGUUCGAAGAGCUCAGGCUGCUGCUCGGUAGCGACCUGUUGUUGUUCAGCAAUGAGCGACACGCCGCUGUCAGUCUCCACCUCCUGGAGCUUGAACAUCAGGCAACACCUAUAACAUGGCUGGAUGCGUGGCUCGACAACGUCAUGGCAAGCGUUCCCGAACUCGCUGUCUGCUACCAUCGUAAAGGGGUGGUCCAGGGGUACGAACUUCUGAAGACCGACGACAUCCUGCUUCUAAAGGGGCUGACGGGCGAUGGCAGAGUGUCGUUCCACCCGCAUGUUGUGCAGAAGAAUGCAUCGUCGGUGCUGCAGUUCCUCCAGGAGAAUUGCACACGCGAUCCGGGAACCUACUGGUUGUUCAAGAACUCAGGUGAAGAUUUAAUGCAGCUUUUUGAUCUCUCGAUGAUGUCGACGCGGGGGUCACCACCGACCAGUCCGAGCGCUGAGUCGGAGAGUCUGGAUGACUUCACCACCCGUAAGAAGGGCAAGAAAAACCGUUACUCUCUUCCCCUUGCGAUGCUAUGCUAUCGGCUUGCAAAGCGUCUUUCUCUGUCAAAGGAUCCGUUGGACAAAAGGAAAUGUGCCAAUUUGUUUGCCAAAUGUGUGGAUCUCAUUGACGAGGAGGAACAGCCGUGUGUGCGCGCAACAGCUCACGAAGAGGCGGCAAGGCUGAUGCUCGCUUGCUGCAAUGAGCCAAGCCUGGCGAGACAGAGUCUGCCUUCAUGCGUGCCAGAAGACUCUGCGCAGGCUGAUCUGCAUACGACGGCUCUGCAGCUUUCCCCUCUGCUUCCCGCCGCAUCGGACUGCGUGGUCGUUCUGGGCCAAAGAGGAGGAGGAGGAGGAUCGGGAGAACACGGACAUAGGAUGAAGAGCAAGAUCGGACAGCGGGCUGUCAAAGUUCUGCCAUCAGGUAGCAGCACUAGCACAUCGGUAGCAGUCACUCUCAAGUACGCCGAGGGGGAGAGGGGAAUGCCUGAACAGCCCAGCCAAGCCUACGAGUCUGCAAUGGAGAAGUUCGAACAGAUUGCCCAAGCGGUGGAAAAUCAGAAUGCACAUGAAGUGGAGACCUAUCUUUCAACCUCGUGUAACGACUCCUGGGGGAGUGUAGAUGGGGAGAAACCCAUGAAGCAGCACUCUGUGGAUGAGGUGGCAUCAUCGUUCAUCAAUAAGAGCUUGGUUUUGGAUGUGAAACCGACUUCACGGCUUGCAGAGUGGGAAUCUGUUUCUCCUGACCUCCCUGAAGUCUGCACUGCCAAGGAGGAAAGUCAGGAUUUCGGCGAUGGCAAAGAUAUUUGCCACGCUAUCAUCCCCUCCUCCGGCCCUCCACGAUGGGCAGCAGCACUUAUCCCUGACCUUGGCGGCAAGAGAAGUAGUGGGCAGCAAGAUGAGGAGGAUUCGCAGAGUGGAGGGGGGUUAGCGCGACAUGUGUCCUGGUCACAGACGCACUACAUGUCGAAAUGGCUUUCUGUUCCUACGGAUGCGGUUUCGGCGCACCUUGCGGCCAUACACCACCUGUCCCAGGCCAUCAAAGUACUACGAUGGCAGCGACAAGUUGUGGAGGAAAGAAGGAAGGCGAAAGCGGGUGGGGAAGUCGUGGACGGUGAAUGUACAGUCAAAGAAGUCACCGCCAGACGAUCGAAGGGGUCAUCAGAGUUCCUGGCUCUGUGUCUCUGUGGGGAGUCGGCGUGUGCUCCAUCUGCUUGUAGCAAGGAGACGACACAAAAGAUGGAACGCAAAGUUCUACAGCUGAUUCGCCUCCUUGGCGAAUCCUACCUUGCCCUGGCGCAGGCGUACCAGUCCGACGGGCAGCUCGGUCGUGCGCUGAGAGCGGCAGAGCUAGCGGGCCUUGUAUGCGGUCCACUUCAGGAGAUGGACAAACACCCAUUGUGUUUGCAAGCUUGGAUACGGGGUAAGAAGGGCGCAGGGAAGCCCUACUACCAAGGGAUGAGGUUGCCUUGUAAGCGGUUCGAGAAGAAAGAAAUGGACGGUGCUGCAAACUCUGCUCUGGCACUCAGUUUGAGUAGCUCUUUUUGCAAGGGGAAGGGAGUAGUGAGUGGGAAGGAAGGGAGGGGGGGCAGCAGAGGGGGCAGCGAUGAAGCUUUGAGUUUCUGGAAAGGACAGUUCUGGGGGUCUUUAUGGGCUUUUGUCGGCGACAUUUACGUCGAGGUGCAGCAGACGAUGUCGGAAGGAGAUCUGCCGUGCCAUCAAGAUGGGUCCAACAGUGGGGAGUUGACCAUCGAGGACGAGGUUGUCAAAGAGGUCAAGCGUUUGAAAAAGAAGAGCGGACCCCCGGGGAGUGGCUGCAGCAGUUGCAGCCUUACAGGCUGCAGCUGCCUUAGUGACAGAGCAAGCAGUGGCAGGAGCGCCAGUGUGAGUGGAAGUUCAGGAAGCAGAGAGGGAAGCGUAACAGUGGGCAUCCUGCGGCGACAUUCGAGGAGGCGGCAUAUCAGGAAAGGCAGAUCUGAGAAGGAAUUCGACGAUGACGAUGAUGAUGACCAGGACGAGGACGAGGACGAGGAGGUGAGUGUGGAGAGAGUGACUGGUAGCAAACAAGCAAAGACUGUGUCGGCGGGAGGCAACAGGGGUGCUGAUCGGAGGAUGCACAAGACAGACAAAAAUCUUGAGAGUGCGCAGCAGGGGCAUGGACAAGGAGAUGGAGAGAGAGUUAUUGUAGGUGACGAAGACGACCGGGCCAACAAGCCCUGCAACGGCGGAGACGCCUGUUUUGGCCGUCAGGUGACUCUCGAUUGGAGAGUUAACCUGACUGCGGCAGACGAGUGCUACGCAGCAGCCGUCAUGGCUGUUUCUGAGCUGCCAGAAUGCCGAGAAGAAUGGGAAUUGGCGUUGAGAAAACGCGGAUGGACGUGCAAUGAGCUUGGGAGACGAUGGCUGGUUGCCGGCGAGAGAGAGCUCGCCGAGCAAGCAUUUCGGAGCGCUAUCGUAGCCUUUCGGGCUGUUGGAGAUGUGACGAACGAGGUCUUGGUGCACUGCAACUUAGGUCAUGCGCGGAGGGCGGCAGCAGAAAAGGCGGUGUCCGAGCUACAAGAAGCUGCGAACCACAAAGAGGAGGAGAGAGGUUCUCAAGUCGCUGAGGGAGACGAGGGAGAAGAGUCGAUGAGCACAAGAGUGUGGAUGGAAGGGAAGUGGAAGCAAGCAAGUGCCAUGAAUGUCACAGCACUGUACGGUGAGGCCCUCGGCCACUAUUGCGCCGCAAGGAAAGCCUUACUGCUUGUUGGCGACGGCGUGGAGAAAAGUUUUGGGGGAGUAUGGAACGAGGUGCACACGCAGAUGGCACACACGUAUCUCCGACUUGGAAUGUUUCUAGCGGCAGAGUCGCGGCUCUUGGGGACUGGCGCAACAGGAAGGCAACCGGACAAUGGAAGCAAAGAGGGAGCUUCGUGCGAUCGAGAUAAAGGUAGGAUGAGUGCACUAGGCGGUGUGAGAGAGGAGCACUGGGACUUUAUACGAAGACUGGACGGACUGUCGCCUAAAGAAGCUAUAACGAAGGCGAUUGUCUUGUACGAAUCGCUUGGGAAGUCCCGAACUCAAGAAGCAGCCUAUGCUUCUUAUCAACUUGCAAGCUAUCAUAGGGAUUGCUGCAUGGCUGCAAUUCCGUUGCGGACGGACACGAAAGGAAAAGACCGUUCCCACAGAGGAGGAGGAGGAGGAGGAGGAGGAGGAGGAGGAAUAGGUGCAGGAAGGAAGGUUCAGGCAGUUCCUAGUUAUGGGUCGAAGUUUUCCGGAAACAAUGCAAGGGAUGGCGAGGAAGCGUUGGGAACCGUUCGUAGCUGGCAGUUGGCGAGACGGUAUGCCGCUCUUGCCGAGGUGCACUGGCAGAAAGCGCUUGAAGUUUAUCGCCCCCACCUCCAUCCUGACAUGUUUGCUGGUAUCCUUAUUGACAUGUCUGCGUUAUGCUUGGCCUGUGCUCCUCACACCUAUCCUAAUGAUAUGCUGGAUGCAGCGUUGGCACAUCUACUUGAUGCAAGACAUGCGUUCACAUCGGCCGUGCAACGCACGGGAAAAGGGAAAAGGGAAAUUGGCGCAAUUGUACACGAUGGGGAUCGGGUGCUUAACAACAGCGGGGACACAGAGGGCAAGCAGACUUCACAAGAGGUGAUAGGUAGACUGCAUGCUCAGCUGCUCAAAGUUCUGCGGCAGAUGCUCGCCACCGCAAUCACGACAUCAAACAAGGCUGUAGUUUUCCAAACUGCCGGCUCACCGACAGCAGGGAGUAAUUCUACGAUAGGAGAGAACGGGAAGCAUCGAGGCACUGCAGCAGCAGGAGCAGGAGGAGAUGCAACAAGAGGGAGAGGACUUGCAGCUGUCAGUACCGGGGGGGCAGUGACGAGUUGCGAAGCCACGAGGCGGGAGAAAGACUGUCAAAGGCUGCGAGAAAUGUAUCGAAGAGCUCUCAAGCUGGGAAUCGCAAUCGAUCUUGGAGAUCUGCACAGGAUAUGGACAUCGGCUGAGCCGUAGCAACAGCACAAAGUAUCGAACUGUGCACGGCGAUCAGGCAACGAGCGAAAACACCGCCAUUCAUCUGUCCGAUAGUGUAGGUCUAGGGCCUGUAGAGUAGAUAUCAGGUUUGCAAUUAUGUUUCCCUUGGAAAGGGAGGAGGGGGAGAGACCCUGCGCAGCAUAUGGAUGUGGACGCUCCUUCUCAGCCAUAGACCUGUGCCACCAUUGUUGAGAGCAUUGAAGGAGGUCUCUCUGACAAUUCUUUCAAAACAAAAAAACAAAAAACAAAAAAAAUCUCUCAGGCAAAGUAAAGCACAAGAGGAUGU